ACUGGUUGAUCCAGUAGUUCUCAAGCGGGGGAGGGGGAUGAGGGCGCAGAGGUACUGCAGGUGGGGCGAGACGGUUCCCCGAAACCCCAACCUUUGGAACUCGAUCGCGAAUGCACGGAGGAACUUGAUUGCAAAUUACAUCUGAAGCUGCGCGCGUGAGCGGCGUCGCGGACUCAUUCUAGCUCCUGCGCAGUGCAAUUUUUGGCUGCGCACAAAAGCUUAUCUACAAAGUAGGAAAACGUCCACUCGGGAAGCAGCAGCAAUUCACAUUCUACAUCAUCUUAAGAAACAGGUAGAUCAUAUGUUUGUCUUUCAGACUGUCAUUUCAGAAUAAGCGCAAGUCUCUCUCUCUCCCGAUGAGUUCAGAGUGCGCGUGAAGGGAGUGGCGUGUAAAUAAAGUGCAUUUUCACAUAUUUUUGAACUUGGACGGCUGUUCAAAGCUGUUGACAGUUAUUAAAGAUGUUAAGCGCUAUUUUCGCAGCCUGAUCUCGGAGCACAAAACGUACAUUUCUGUACGUUUUUAUUGAUGCUGAAACGUUAAAUUUAGACAUUUUACAAUGUAUAAAACGUUGGAGUUGCUAGUAUUUUUAGCUAAAAAACGUAAAAUAUUUGCAAAGCUUGUAGCCUAUCUCAUUAUGAUAUUUGUAUCAGUACGUUUCCAUAAUUGUAUCGAUAUGCACAGGGGCGUAGCCAGAACAUUUUUUUAGAGGUGGCCAGGUAAGACCCAGUGAUUUUAUUAGGGUGACCCAAAAAUCCUUACAGACAGAAAUUCUUUAACUUCUACUGUAAUUUACACCAAUUCUUCAUUACACAUAGUUUGCUGGUCAAAAACAUACACAAAGAACGUAAAGUAAACAAUUUAUUUGCAAUGCUUUCAUGUGCUAACAUUAUUUUAAAGGAGCAAUACGGCAUUUUUAAGAGGAUCUAUUGACAGAAAUACAAUAUAAUAUACAAAACUAUUUCUUCAGAGGUGUAUAAAGACCUUACGUAAUGAACCAUUAAGUUUGUAAUACCUUAGAAUAAGCAGUUUAUCUACAUACAGAGCGGCCCUACAUAUUGAAUUCGCCGCCAUGUUCUGUACAGCAGCCCUAAACGAAACGGCGUUUCCUCUUCCUCUCCGCUGCGGUAUCAUGGUGAAACGGAUCGCGGGAUGAUCCGUGAUCGGUACGGAUUGUGCUCUCCGGUGCGGAACGCAUGUGACCCGCGGAUUAACUGAAAGUUUAUUCAUCAUUGAGUAAAAGAAUAAAACGCACUCUCGCUUGCUCUCCAGUUUCAGCUCCAACACGCUCUCGCUCUCUCUCUCAAGUAUCUGGACGAGUACAAUAUUAAAGCGGUUCCAGAUAAACAAUGACGCUCAAAAUUGCUCCGUCACACAGUUUAUAUUACAACAAUAACAUAUCUUGGUAUGUUAAUAUGUUACUCACAUACUGAUCUGAAUCAAAGCAACCUCCUCAGGGGUGAUUUUUAGACGAUCUUUCUCUCCAACGUCCCUCUCUGCUGGAAAGUAUCUCCAUAGAUAUCUGUGAGUACAUAUGUAGGCCUACUCCUUACACCUUAGUCCUGUGUCUCUGCUGUAAAGUCUUUAUAAUAUUAACACAGGUCCUAGCUCCUGCCUGACUUUUAUCCUUCUUUAAACUUAAAAUCCACAAACCUUUUAUUUUAUGUAAUACAUAAGUCAUAGCUCUUUCUACAGUCCUUCUAAUGCCCGCAAAAUCUCUUCCCUGCGUCAACAUGAGAAUGACAUAUUUUUGUGGCCACCGUCAUGUUUGGACUGAGUGAUUCGUGGCAAAUCUAUAAUACAACGCUAGUGGCCACUGUUAAUUAAGAACUGCGCCUUUAAAAUAAUUUGCUAGCUAUCAUUUGCAGUAAGUUAGCAUUUUUUAUGGAAAAUAAACAUUGCAGUACCCCAAUUUAAACUUUCGCGAAAAUGUAAUUAAUUAAUGAAAUCCAGUUAAACAAGACUGAUUUUACUGACCUUAUCCUGCUGCUCGCGAUGAACUUCCAUGGUACACAUACAGUACACUGUCACGAAGCGGUUAGCAGCUGUUCAGCUAUAGCACUCAGACUGUUUGCGUCAGUGUAUGACAUCAUAUUAACAUGAGAGUAAUGUUCUCGCGUUACUUUCAGUGCAUACGCUAAAUGAUCUGUGCAGCACUCUGUAAACUCCGACACACAUCUUAAAACUGCUUCGCUCAACAGAACAGAGGUGGCCAGAUAGGUGGCCAUCCAUCAUUCAGGGGUAGCCGUGGCCACCCAUGGCCACCAUGUAGCUAUGCAUAAGGAUUCAUUCGCAAGUCUGUAAAGCUGUUCAAAUGUAUAUAGUUAACGUUUUAUGUGUUGUCAAUACGUCAGUAUUGUGCGUUCAGAUGCAGUAAAUGUGUCAGUAUUUUGCGUUUUAGUGAUUGUGCAAACGUAAGUAAAUAUAAGUUUUGUAGAACCACAGUACAUACGAAUUCUCAUGAGAUCACGUUGAUUUUCGACAGGCAAAUGACACCACACCGCAUCUGUAUUAUAAACUGCGAAUAAACUCUCGCUCGUGUUAAAAUCAAUGAAACGCACACCGUUCUCGAGAUCUGGCAGAUGAAUCCUGUUGGAAUAAUCCCCAAAACACAACAAUUUUGUAAUGGUUUUUAACGCAAAAAGCUAAUGGUUCACAAUGGUAUUUUAAUGGAAACCAUUCAUUUCUAUUGGGUUUCUUUUGUUUUUAUCAGCAGGGUUGUUACAUUUAUAAUCUGAUCUCUUGAGAUCAAUCUGUCAUAAGUAUUUUUUGCUUCUUUUUAUAUAGUUAUGUAGGCCUAUAGUUAUAUAUAUAUAUAUAUAUAUAUAUAUAUAUAUACAGUAUAUAUAUAUACAGUAUAUAGUUCUUUAAAUGGGUUUACAGGGGGGCACGACCAUGAAACGGUUAAGAACCACUAAUCUAGAAAACUGUGAGCCCUUAUUGACACAUUGUUGAGAUCUCUACUGAAACUAGUGGAGACAAGUGAGAUUUCCAUCUUUAUCCUCACAAAUGGCAGGACUGACUGACAGUGGAAUGAAUAAGGGAAUGAAAGUUGAAACGCUAGCUGAAUGGGAAACGUUCAGAUGAGAGCUUGCUGGCACGUUUCUUCAUUGCUUACGACAGCUUUCGGUGUCACAUUGAAACUGCACUUGAGCUUUUGAAGAUUGGCAGAAGAUCCAGCACAGGCUGUCCUGCCCCUCUCCGAGCCCUACCGCACCGCACGUACCCGGACACUCCAGCUUUAAUAGAUUUCAAAAUAAAGACGAUUCAACUCGUCGAUUUGAGAAAGGUCCAGGAAAGUACCAGACAAGUUGAACGAGGGCUACAAAAGCAGGGACAGUCUGAUCGUGUCUAUAAGCGACAAUGUCUGCAAUCAGAGGAUGCACAAAGGAAAUUCAAAGUCCUCAAGAAGACGUGAAAGAGUGAAUGUGAAUGCAAUCAGCACACAUACAGAACGCACACGAUUCUCAGUCACGAUCUCUCACUCGGUGCAACAUGAUGUACGUCUGUCAAAAAAUGUCUUUAAGAGAAACCUAUAGGAUGAAACACAUAAAGAAACAGUAGCCAGGUUUAUUUGCACAAAACUUGCACAAAAGCGAUAUUUUCCAUUAAAUGAUGUUAUGUGCUUAAAGUGUAUUUUGUUUCUUCUCGCGAUAAGUCAUUCUGGCCAUACUUCUUUUUGUAGAUUUUAUAGCAGGUUGCAAACCAACUUUAUUGCAUAGUGCCACCUACUGUGAUGAAAGAGUGAAGAGAAAUGUCUAUAUUUCCUUAUAUAUUUUCAUAUUAUCUCUCUGUUCCUAAGAAAUCUCAAUGGUCAUGUGACUUUUUGUACACCGCGUGACUUGCAAAUACGACAAAAAGUGUUUCCAUUGCAGUUUUGCGAAUUAUGCCUUUAUCGUAUUGCCUGAAAAAACACCUCAUGCAUUUUUGGGGAUAUAAUUUCAGUUUUUGCACAAUUGACGUGUUUUUGGGCGUCUUUUCAAUGCGCUAUUUCAAUUUGCGCAUUUGAAGGGUAAUGGAAACGCAGCUUUAGUGAUGUGUCUUUAAUAUAAGUGUACUUUUCUUUGAGGCAGAAUGAUGAGGUUUUUGUUUUUUUAAAUGUUUAUGUCCCUUUAUGUUUAUCCAAUGAAAAUGACAACAUCUCACAAAUCAGGGUUUUAAAACGAAUUUAAUUUGUGCAGCUCUGCUCCAAAACAACAAACAUCAGAUAAAGGAUAAAAAACAACUCAUCCCAAAAAUAAAAAUCAUCCAAAAAGUCAUUUGUGGAACACAAAAGAAGAUAUUUUGAGAAAUGUGUUUUUUGUUCAUACAAUGGAAGUCAAUGGGGUUCAGUGUUGUUUUGAACAUUCUUCAAAAUAUCUUCUUUUUGUUCUGCAGAGGAAAGAAACUCAUACAUGUUUGGAAUGAAAUGAGGAUGAAUAAAUGAUGAAUUUCCCUUUAAGUUUCCUCUUUAAGAGUUUUUUAGAGUUUUUGACCUUUUUCACAUACAGUACGGUGUCAGAACUGCUCAAUGCAUGUUAAAAUUAUUUGUUAAGAAUAACGCAGUCCGUCCUGCAUAUGUCCAGAACAAGUACAGUAUGAACAGUACGUUGUGUUUUCUGAAUCUAUGCCUAACACGGCCAAACAGUUGAGUAUAAUAUGGUUGAAUAUGCUGUCAGCAUUGUGGGAGCUCAUUGAAUGAAGCAGUUUUCAUAUGGAAAUGAGCAGCGUCUGAUUCUUUUUGAUUCAGCACUCAACAUUAGACCUCUGUGGGCUUGGAAGCGCAUGAGUGCCGUUCAGGUGAAAUUAUCGAAAAUUGGUUUCUUGCUUUGUUAAGCACCUGUGAUGAGAUCAAAGGCCACGGAUUCGGUGUGUCAUUCAGAUCUGAGGUGUUUGUGCAGCGCCGGAGACGUUACUCAUUUGGAAACAAAAAACAGAUCUUCUUCUAAUCUAAUUGUCGAAUUAACACAAACAAAGCAUCACGUAAUUAAGUGAAUUUUAAUGGCGGAGAAUGAAAGAUUCUCAGACGUUUACGUAAGAGAAGUAACAGGAAAGAGAGAUCUUAAUGUACAUGUUCAUAAAUUACAUGAAAACUGGAGCGUUUCUUUAUGGAAGACGAAAUGCUUUCUGUUAAUCAUUAUCUUUUCAUCAUUGUAAAAAGGUCACAAGGUUCCCACACAGUCUUAAAUAGAAUGCCUGUAGGGUUUCUCUGAUCUCAGACAGUCAAGCCUCUGCUCAACACCAGACUCACAGAGGAUGAAAUAGACUUACAUCACUGACAAUGACUAAAAGAUUAUAUUUGACACGCAUAUGAAUCAAUUAAAGAAAAGGAAGUCAAAUGAAAAGUAAUCUGACUCUUUCUUAACAUGUAAAUGAGGAAACAAUUAAGGUCAAUGAGCUUUCAUCUUACAGGCAGCGAAGGGUGUGUGCAUGCUUGUCAUUCCGGAGACAUUUUUAAGUAUAAAUGAUUUAGUCAGCAGCAGUCGCCCAACACAAAGACUGACAUCACAGACAUUUUGGUUUAGCUCUGUAAACAAAAAAAUUAAAUGCAAAAAAAUGUAAAGAAACAAGUGAUAUCCACUUUACUAGUUAUAUAUGUUGUUCAUGGAAACAGCAGGUCAAAUAUUUGAACAACAUAUAGGCAAAUACAGAAUUAUGAGAUGCCUCAGUGCUCUCUUUGUUUAAGCUGCCAUGGUUUUCUAAUAAUUCCUAAUUGAAUCUGUGCUUUAAGUCAAGAGCUUCUGUCAUUGGCCAGGCAUCCUUAAAAGUGUUUUUCUUCAAAUACAAUUUUUUUGAGUUUUAAAAAGAUCAUUUGGAUUUUCAUUGACAUGUGUGCUCCAUUAAUCCAAAUCACCGGAAAGCGUUACAAUUGAAUGUCAUCCAUCACUCAAGUCAAGUGCUGUGUUAAAUUCACUGUGAUCCGGUGCUGAUGAGAGAGAAUCAGGGUCUCAGAGCUGGGAGGGGUCACCAGCCGUAUGUCUAUAAAUGCACCACUACUAUGUGCAAGAACACAGAAAGAGCUUCAGAGAGUUCAGGAAAACCUUCUGCUACCCAGAGAGGCGAUACUGAGCAGGAAAAACAUUUCUCUCAUUUCAACAUUUUUCUUAUUUACAUAUAUAUAUUCUGCUUCCAUAUGGAGAUUUGGAAACUAUCAGCAUUGAUGGCCACGAUUCUUGUAUGCAGCGUCCAAAGUUUGUCUUUUACUCUAAAUAGGGAAAACUGGAUUUCAGACUGGGGGAAUGAUCCAGCGGAGGAAGAACUCGCCAGUCAAGCGGCUGCUCUGCUCAAGAGAUCCAAAUCUCAUCAGUUUUAUGGACUAAUGGGAAAACGUUCUGGGAUCCUCCAGCCUGUGAGAAUGGAUCGCAGAAGGCACAAAGGAGAUCUGUUUGUGGGACUCAUGGGCAGGAGAUCUAUAGCAGGUCCAGUGACAAAAACGCUUUCAGAGACCAGCACGACAAUGGACAAACCUGCAGAUCUGAACAAAGAGUCAGGUAUGACGUUUACAGUUCUGAUUCAAUGCGUGUCUGUGUCCAGCUGCAGUGUGUAAAAGCACAUCAUCUCUUUCUGACACCUCAGAUCUGCAGGACGAAUGGGACAAACUGCAGUAUUACCGAUGAUGGAGAAGAGAUCACGGCAUCAACGCUGUAUUACAGAGACAGUGAUCAUUAAACCCAAUCAACUGU